AUGAGAAGAGACGGACCAAAAAAGAAGCUGACGAAGAAGGAGAAAGCAAAACUCGAUGCAGAACAUGCUGAACAUGUGAGGCAGGAGCAAGAGAAGGAGCGUCUGCGGAGUCAACAGGAAGAACAGGAGCGUCAGAAGCGUGAGCAAGAAGAUGCAGAGGAUAGACAACGGCAGGAACUUGUGGAGAAUCGAAUAAGGCGCGUUCAGCUCAAGGAAAGUCUCGAAUACUUUCAAGACUUCCGCCAGAAAACGAAUGAAAUUUAUGCAGAACAGAAGAAACAGAAUGAAUGGAAGCGCUACAUGCGCUGCAAUGGAUUGCCAAAUGCUCAAAAUCCCGGAGAUUUGCGUCAAUACAUCCACAUGUGGAUGGAGAAGGAAGAAGUUCUGGAGCAAAAGGAGCGAAAUUGGCUCCUAAUGACAAAUGAGGAAACUCUCCUUACGCAAGAUCGUGAAGUUGUGGACCUUACGCGGGGCAAUGUGAAAAAGCUUCAGCCCAACAUUGGUGAUCUGUAUGCAAUUCGUGUCAAGGAGAUUCUCGGUAUCAUGGAUGAACUACAAGAAGCAAUUCUGGAACCUGAUAAUCUCACUCCAGCCAUUUACCGGGAUCUCUUGCGCCUUAGGGGGGAAUUGCGUGAGAAAUUGGCUGAAUAUGUGGAUAAAUUCUCAUAUCAGAUUCUCUGCAACAUCGAUCGCGAUAUGACGCUCGAUGGAUCAACGAUUGCAACGCACAUUUUCGAAUCGAAUGUCUUCAAAUCCCAACUGUGGACGCAACGAGAUAUCCCACAACCACAGCUUAGCGCUAAGGAGCGCGCGCGUGAGGAGGUGAAGCAUACAGAAGUGGAAUUUUCCCUCCUGGACACCACCCUCAUCCUCCCGCCAACGGUUAAAUGCUUCCGGGCAGCCCUGCGAGGAUUGUGGCUAAAUUACGAUCACUUCUCAGACUCCUGCCACAGCUACUUCAUGCCCAUCAUCACGGGGAAGCCAAAGAAUUUGCGUCAAAGCACCAAGAUGGAGUGGCAGAAGCGCAAGGAAUUGCUCGAGAAGGCACUUGCUGAGAAGAAGGCACAAAUUGAGAUUUCACAAUUCGACACAAUGGAACCACCAGCAGCUCCUGCAGUCAUUGACAUUGAUAAACUCUAUGCGGAUUAUGAGACAGAACAGAAUCGCAUUGAGAAGCGUCGCAAAGGACCCGAAGGACUCGCAUUAGGCGCCACGGAUGUGAAUUUACGCAGCCACAGGAUUGUUGGGGGGAUCUACUGCAUUGAUUAUUUGGAUCAACCGAAGCAGGAUGUGAAGAUUGGGUCAAAAUCCUUCCUCACAACACUACUUCAUCCAAAUAAACUAAAGAGGAAGCAUUUCUAUCAAUCCUACAAACCCCCGCCACCACCUCAACCAGGCGUCAGGCGACUUCCGGAAGAAAUUGAAGCAGAGAUCAAAUUAAUGGAGCAAAAUUUGGAUAAACUCGCUCUCAUCACAGUUAAACUUCCUGAAAAUGUUUUGUGGUUUGAACCACCAAUUGUGUGUCGAUGGGAAUGUAGGGCUGAUGUGGAAGAAACCCUCAGGGAGGAUAAUGAAGACAUUGAGGGUCUUCUGGGUGAAACAACAGCUCCUGACCACACAGUGGGGCAAAAGGUCAAAUCCCCACCAAGUGUGAUUGAGAUUCGGGAUUUCAAUCUUCUAUUUAUCCCACCACGUAUCGAUCUCUAUGCUCUAAUGUUGGAUUUUGUCGUACCCCGCCUCCCGGAUGGGUAUGGGGUGAAGAUUGAAGAUGUCACUGGAGAGCGGAAGAACAGCUUGAUGAAGUACACCAUCAAAGAGGGAGGUUUGAAGAGGAACGGGGACGUACGACGAAAGCAUUCAAGUACAGCCAUUAAUUCAGUCAUUCAUCCAACCAAUUCACCACGAUCACUUCAUCCGAAGGUACGCCUCAAGAAGACACUGAGAAUUCUCGUGAGAAAAUCAUCGCAAGACACUACGGAGUCACAAUCUCCCUCUUCAUCACCAACACCAUCAACGGAUGACGAGGAGGAGGAGAAAGUCCCUCAAAACUUCCGUCGUGUUAGUGUCUCAAUGGGAUCCAGUGGGAAGUACAUGCUGUCGCAGUUUAUCCGGGACUUGGAUCAGCUCAUUGAGCUCCAGACACCCCAUCUUGAAGCGAAAAUUGAGGAAAUUGCAUCGAAUUUAUCUUCUCCCGCCGAUGAAGCACAGGAAGUGCCGAGAAAACCAUCAAAUGUAAGCCUUUUGCGAGAUGAUCGCGAACUUUUGCGUGAUCCCCGGUUCCUAUCGGCCUCCUUCAAGCUAGACGAUUCAGCUGAAUGUGCCAAAGAUGUGGAAAUAAUUGAAGAAUCCGAUUCAGAGACGGAUGCCAAUGAUGGGAGAGAUGCUGCGAGUUUUGCAACACUCUACCCACCGGAUAAGUCAACAUCCAAAUGGAGUACACGUGAUGUGCACGAUGUGAAGUUCAAUGAAGACAAGCUGACCAUUCAAUUCCGCACGGGACGUCUGGGAUGCUUUGGAUUUGCCGCCAAUCGAUACAGCAACAUGCCCUACCAGACGUGGGAGCUAAAGCCAGACUUUCGUGUCCCCAAUGCCGUCACAUUCACCCUCACAGCUGCUGUGGUGAGCAUUGAUUUAACCAUCCUGGAGAAUGGGGUGCGUCUCAACUCACUCCAAGGAUGCUCAGCAGCUCCCCUCGCACACAUCCUGGGCACCAUUCUACCGCUCAGUGAACUCAAGACCGUAAUGAAGAGUACGGCAAUUGAUCUCUUCCCCGAACCCGAUGCCUUCUGCUACACAGAAGGUUCCUGCGAGAAGAACACCGUCAUGGAGGCACAUCUCUACGAUUGCAUGGGAGCCCUGGCGCUCACGCACAAUUUCUCUUGGUCUCGCUGGAAUCUCCUCUCGGGCAGUCGAACGGCUGUUCUCCUAAUGCGUGAAGUGAUGGAGCAUCGAAAACCUCCCUCUCAGUCAACCCUUCUUGUGACUCCACUGAAAACAAUCGUCGUUGAUUGCACAGAAGUGUCGGCGGCAUUUAGCACAGCCGGUGUACCCGGAAUGCAAUUCUAUGCUGAUCUCCAUCAUUUAGCGCGGGAGCAUUCUCAGCCUGUUUCACGGGAAAAGCAGAGAAAUAUGAAUCUCCUACUGCGAGAUAAUGUUGUGCAAGUUCUCAAAUCCAGCAGACCUCUUAGUUUUUGCUGAAAUUUACUUAAAUUUUUCUCUUUUUUUCUCAUCAAUAAAAACACAAAAAAUAUGCAAAAAAUAU